AUGGCGGACCACAAUCUCACCUCGCCGCUGCUCCCCGCCGAACCCUCAGACCGCGUCGACGUAAUCCUCAGAAUCGAAGAUGACGCCGCCGUUCCACCGGAGCAGAUCAACAAUCAGAACGGCAAUCACCACGAUCCUCGAUUGUGCUUUACCAAUCCUUACGGGUUUAUUGGCUCCAAUGGAUUCUCCGUUCCCGAGGCGACCACGGUCGAUCCAUUUCGGAACAACACGCCCAGUAUCGAUGGAGUUUAUGAGUUGGUUAAGAUUAUAGUUUGCAUACCUAUUGCGCUUGCUCGUCUUGUGCUCUUUGGGCUAUGUCUUUUGGUUGGAUAUAUAGCUACCAAGACGGCGCUUCAGGGGUGGAAGGAUAAGGAGAAUCCGAUGCCUAAGUGGAGGUGUAGGCUUAUGGGAGUUACGAGGCUUUGCGGACGGUGUAUUCUCUUUUCUUUUGGAUAUCAUUGGAUAUCAAGAAAAGGGAAGCCUGCUCCAAGGGAAAUUGCACCAAUUGUUGUAUCAAACCAUGUAUCUUACAUAGAACCUAUCUUUUAUUUUUAUGAGUUAUUUCCAACUAUGGUCGCAGCCGAGUCCCAUGAUUCCAUACCCUUUGUUGGGACCAUUAUCAGAGCCAUGCAGGUGAUAUAUGUAGAUAGAUUUUCACCUACAUCGAAGAAGCAUGCCAUUAGUGAAAUAAAGAGAAAGGCUUCUUGUAAUAGAUUUCCAAGAGUUCUGUUAUUUCCAGAGGGAACCACUACGAAUGGAAGGGCUCUUAUUUCUUUUCAACUUGGUGCUUUCCUUCCUGGUUAUUCUAUCCAACCUGUUGUUGUCCGUUAUCCUCAUGUACACUUUGACCAAUCAUGGGGGUUUGUUUCUUUGCCAAAGCUCAUGAUUAGAAUGUUUAUGCAAUUUCACAAUUAUAUGGAGGUUGAGUAUCUUCCUAUUAUUUCACCGCGAUAUAAUGGAAAAGAAAGCGCUUUUGAUUUUGCUAAGAGGACUAGCCGUGCGAUGGCCACUGCACUAAAUGUUGUCCAAACGCCUCAUUCAUACGGAGAUUUAAUGCUUCUGACCAAGGCUGCCCAGGCAAAUCAAGAGAGUCCCUCUGAUUAUAUGAUUGGAAUGUCCAAGAUGGAACAAGUUAGUAGCCUUGAAGCUGUUGAUUUUCUUGAUAAGUUUCUGUCGAUGAAUCCUGACUCCAGUGGCCGUGCUACAUAUAGUGGAUUUAUAAGAGCUCUAAGACUCAAGGCUUGUGUGGUUGCUGAAGAGAUAUUUUCUUUUAUUGAUAUAGAGAAGACGGGAACAAUAACAUACAAGCAGUACCUGUUCGGUUCUUUGCACGUUAUGAAGCUGCAAGGUUUUCAGCGAUCAUGUGAGCUGAUCCUUACUGAAUGUAGCAACGAAGGAGAUAAAAUUUCAGAACACAAGCUAGAAGAAUUGAUAAGGCCAGCUAUACCAGAUCUGAAUACCGACGAGGCUCAUGAGCUCUUGAAACUAUUUGAUACCAAUGGUGACGGAAAGAUUAGCAAGAAUGAUUUAUGUGGCUGCUUAAGAAGGAACCCACUGCUGAUUGCACUUUUUUCACGGUGUUUGCUACCGAGCUCGUAACUGGAAAUAACAUAGUGUGUCUAACAUUGUUGUUUUAUGGAUGAGUUUCCCAUGUCUUGUUUGGUCAUUGUAUUGUUAUCACCUCCCAUGAAUGUGUUGUUUAUUAGGAGGAACCCAGAUAUAGGAGAGGGUUGGGCUUUUCCUUGAAUAUAAAUAUAGGGUAGUGGGGCAACAUAUUUUGCUACAUUGCCCCCUGUGAAAUUAUCCACUCCUGAAAACUACUACUACAUGUAUUUUGAUAUGAGUUCUUGUUGUGUCACAAAACUUACUGCCCUGUGGUUUACCAUAGUCUAAACAAGUUUGCUGUUUUGCUGAUGAUAAAAUUUGCUCAAUUUCUCCAGGCCAUAA